AUGGCAGGCCAGAAUCCGCAGCGGGCGGACCCGGGAAGACGGUUCAACCUGAACAACUCCGAUUAUCGACCCGGCAGGUCAACGGUGGCCGACAUCGUACAGGAGCUACUGGACGGCGCCGCAACCAACUUGGUAAUGGCCAGGCGCAUGGCCGGGCGGGCCGCGGGAAUCCCCAUGUGGGAGGAACUGACCAGAACCUGGGAGAUGAGGAACCACCGGUCCAUUAUCAAGAGUACAGCGACCCAGACCUCAGGACCCGAGGAGAUAGGAGGCGCCGUGACGUCGCGAGGGACGCAAACCGAUCCGCCCACAACCGCCGAACCAGGACAGGUGGGGAGGUGGGCCGUAGCGGCAACCGCCGCGGAACUGGUGGCUCACGCAGCGGUGCAGGUAGCACUGGAUCGAGGGGUAGUCACCCAACCGAUAACGACGAGCCGGACGUCCAGGAGCGUCAGGCGGACCACGUACAGCGCCCGACUCCGAUCGCCACAACGGGCCAGGACCCACACCGCAGCCGAGGCAGUGGGCAAAUGGUUACCGAUGUUUCCUCCCGAGUUCCAGGAGGACACCGCCCCGAGAAGGACAAGAAGCGUCCAGACCAAGGCGCAGCGGAAAGCAGUCUCUCAACCGCCAACCCCCAAACCGGAGCCCGAGAAGGAAGAGGUCGAACCAGUGCUGCAGCUCAGCGUGCUCGACGGAGACCUCCCGGACAUCGACCUCCUGAUGGGCGAAAUCAUGAGCGACUAA